AUGGCCUUCAACUUCAACUGGUCGCCUUUGACGGCGGACUCGCUUUUCUAUUCUCGCGCCCGUGAGCUCUUGACGACUGCUCUAAACAAAUCGCCAAAGCCAGCAAUCAUAGUGGAUGAUAUCUUGGUUAAUGAGCUCAAUCUUGGUUCGGUGCCUCCGGACCUUGAGAUCCUGGAGAUUGGUGAUAUAGCAGAGGAUCGGUUUCGAGGGAUAUUCAAAAUGUGCUAUACUGGAGAUGCCUUUCUCACACUCAAAACGAGGGUGCAGGCAAAUCCACUCAAUACCUAUUUGUCGACAAAACCAUCCUUUGCUUCUCCCCAGCCGCUCGCGGCAGCUUCGGGACUCACCAUACCCUUGCAAAUCACAUUAUCAGAGAUCAAGCUCUCUGCGAUUAUUAUCCUCGUCUUUUCGCGACAGAAAGGGUUGACUUUGGUCUUCCGUAACGAUCCCCUUGAAUCCCUCAAAGUCUCAUCUACUUUUGACUCCAUUCCAUUUGUACGAGAUUAUCUCCAAAAAGAGAUUGAAGGCCAACUGCGUGUUCUUUUGAUGGACGAGGUGCCUGCCAUCAUCCAUCGCCUGUCCUUGCGCCUAUGGGUCCCAGAAUUUCGACCAAGGAUCGAUGAGGAUAUUUCUCGUAAUGGGUCCUUACAAUCCGAAAAGCCUGUCGAUCCUUUGGCAAGCCCGCCUCAGGACCCAGUCGAUUCAUCUGGUAACCCGCUGGGACCGACGGAUAUCUCAAACUUGUCCCUCGAAUCUGGCACUGAAACUCGGCCCCUGUUUUCGCAAAAGAAUCUCUUGCGAUUAGCGACUCUGACAGACUCUCACCGCACUCUAUCACUCUUUACGCCCUCUAUUCGUGACGCCGUAUUCAGAGCUUGGGCUGGCCCCACUGAACACGCAGAGACCCUUGGUCUGCAUGCUGCCGUCGCCACGGUUCCGAGUCUCGCUAGGAUCAACUCUUCUACAGGUAGCACUGCCACCGCUCCUGCAUCAUUAGACGGCAGUGGAAUUGGCUCUCCGCUCUCCAGACAAUCGUCUACAAGCCACUUUACUGGAACCACCGGAUUGAGUAUGGGUGCUAGCCGGCAUUCUCGGGCCCACGGUCAUAGAAAGAAGAAGCACCGGGUUGUCAAUCUGCGCCGUAGUAAAAAUGACAGCGAAACCGGCAGUACGGACAGCGCCAGUGUCGCCUCGACUACGUCUACAGCGACUGGUUCGAACGGACCUCCUACCCCUUCUGCUUCAACUGAUCGGGAGGGAGAGCUCGUUACACCGCCAGGCUCGCCAACGAACGUCGUCAAAUUGCCGAUGUUGUCGGAGAGUAAUAGCCUGGCCGAAUCCUCAACCAUUCGACUUCGGACAUCUCGGGCAGAGCAGAAGGCAAAAGCCGCACUUACCGGAGUCUAUGCGGAUGAUUCGUUCGUUCAGGAGAAACCCCACGAACCGGCACCUGCUUAUACACCACCCGAGCGGCCAAAGCUCGAACCUCUGCAUCUUCAUUCAUACCCCAAGGAAAAGCCACGCUUCGCGCCUUCAUCACCCUCCGCUCUUCACCAUUCCAUGACUCUGCAGGAGACAGAAUCUUCUGCCGCCGGAAUCCUGGAACAAGCAUUCAUGGUGAAGAUGGCCACCGAAAUGGCCAGAAAAGCACGGGAUGAGAAAUCAGCACCCGCUGAUGCUUGGCAUAAUGGUCAACGAGACGACUCUCCACCCCCUGCCUACGGCAGCUAA